AUGCAGGCCAUCAGGACGGCCAAAGAGAUAGCCCUGGACAAAGUGGAGACUAUCGAGGAAAAGCUGAAGGUUACCGAAGCAGAUAGAGUCCGUCUGGACGAGGAACUCAACUGGCUCCAGAAAAAGCACUCUAACUUGCAACAGGAGAUGGACACCGUCAACAAUGACCUGGCCAAAGCUCAGGACAUGAUGCAUUAUGCAGAAGAGCGGGUAUCUUUGAGCGAGACUGAAAUCCAGAAUUUGCACAGGAGGAUCCAGAUGUUGGAAUUGCAGUUGGAAAGGAGUGAGGACGCCCUAACUCAAAAGAAGAGCGAAGAGAUGACAAAUUCGGAAAAACUGAAGGAAGCCGAACUUAGGGCCACUAAUGCUGAGAGGACCGUCAUUAAACUAGAAGAGGAUCUUGAGAAGUUAGAAACUUCCUUGUCGGAGGAGAAAGAUAAAUACAAUACUCUUCUUAAAGACCUGGACGAUGCCUACAAUGAUGUAGCACUAACUGUUGUACAAGUCACUUUCACCGCUAAGAGAGCCAGUUCCAGAAUUACGAACAUUCACCUUACCAUCAAUUGCUCCUGCCGCCGCGAAAUACAAGUACAAUAUUCAUUGUUUCUUUUCACCUUCUGCUUCCUCUCCUUUUCUUUCUUCUUUUUCUUAUCCUCUUUCUUUAUCUUCGCAUCUCCAUAUUUCUCCACUUUUUUUUUCUUAUGUCUUUCCUCCUCAUUCCUCCUCUCUUUUCCGUCUAGGAAUCUUUCGCUUCUCCCGCGUCCUUUUGCAGCGUCUUUCUCUUCACCAUUUUUUUCACUUUGCCGACCGUCACUGAGUGACACUUGUCGCUUGAUUGCUUUAUUAUUUUAUUCUUUCUUUCUUUCUUUACUCGUCUUCUACAGAUUCAUUUUACCCACUCUUACUUAUCCUUCCAAUUAUGCCCGGUUUCUUUCUUUCUUUCUUUCUUUCUUUCUUUCUUUCACACACGCUGUCCUUUCUUUCUCUCUCACACUCUCCUUCUUUCUUCCUCUCUUUCUCACACACACCUUCUUUUUCUCUCAUACACAUUCUCCUUCUUUCUUUCUCUCUCAACUCCUUUCUUUCUCUCAUACUCUUCUUUCUUUCUCUCUCUCUUUGAAAGUUAACCUCGUGUGUUCCUUUCUUCCUCUUUCUUUCUUUCUUUCUUGUCUACUCCUCUUUUUUCCUCCUCCGCUUUUAUUUUUUCUCCACUUCCUCUUCCUCAUCAUUUUCUUCCUUCUCUUCAUGUUCUUCCCCUCCUCGUCCCUUCCCCUCCGCCUUCUACUCUUCUGCUUCCGUUUCUUUUCCUUCUUUUUUUCUUUCUUUUCCACUUCUUACUUUUCUUCUACCUCCUAUUUUCUUACUCCUUUUUUCCUCUUUGAUAGCUUCCUCUUUCAUCUUUCUCCUCUUCCACCUUAUUUUCUUCCUCAUCCUUUUCCUCAUCCCUAUUUUCGUUCUUUUAGUUUUUCUGUAAUCACGUCUAUUAAUGCUAUUGCUACAACAAUGUGCUUCUUGUUUUAUUUUCUCUCAGAAAAAUUGUACUAA